GGGGUCAAACGCAUGCGUGGAUCGACACGAGGCGCUCGCGUGACUAUGUCCACGAGCACAACAAAAAAGGUGCAAUACAAUGGAGAGCGCGACUCUUGUACACUGUAACACGGACCACGAGUAUAUGUAUAGACCGCCGUCGCCGUGGCGGCUAUCGGGGCCGAAAAGUUCGAUCUGUUCUCCGCGGGUGGGCGGUCAUUAGCGGCAGAGGCUCGUUGCUUUCGCCAGCAGGUGCAAAUAUUUGAGGCGGCAAGGCACACGCGAUGAGGGCCAUCUCGUGUCUGGGCGCCGGGACACAGCCGUGGAGUUCCAGCGUCUGCACUGUGCACAAGGACAGUUUCGCCUAUGCGUCUACACUCGCCAUUUACGUCUAUCAGCGUGAGACUGGAUGUCGCGAGUGGACGCUGCGGAGCAUCCUGACGGAGCCACGCGUCUCGUUGACGGCGCUGUCGUGGCACCCGACGCAAGAGCAGCUGCUGGCUAGCGUCACCUCGGACGACCGCGUGUGCGUGUGGAACGUCGAGCAGCAGAGGAUCGUGGCCAGCGUGAGCACCCCUUCACCGCCGCUGCUCGUCGACUGGGUCCCCUUCGAAAGGGAUCAGGUGAGCGUGGUGCUGGACGGCGGCAAGACGAUCGUCACAUGGACGCACGCCGAACAGAACAAGCAACUAGCGCAAUGCCGCACGCAUUCUGCCUUCUCAUCGCGCAUCACCUGCGUGCAGUGGCACCCAAAGCAGCCAGGUCACCUCGCCAUCGGCCACCACGAUGGCACACUCUCCUUCUACACCUCGGCAGCCAAGGUUCAGCUUAACUUACAUGUGAGCAAGGAGGACGACGGCGAGGUGUGCUCGGUGCAGUGGGACCCUUUGGCCGAGGACUACUUGCUCGUGGUGCACCGCGUGGGUCCGCUGCGCCUGCUCUCCUCUCAAGGUGCCACUGUGCUGGCCACCUUCCGCCAUCCUGCUACCUGCAGGGCAAAUUGCGUCGCCUGGCUGCCCCAGUGUCCCGGGAUGUUCAUCUCUGGUGACGAUGACAGUGGCGUCAUCCGGCUGUGGACCGUCGGCCGCGAGACACCCCUGGAGAACCGCCCGCUGCAGGUGUCCGGGUUACGUUCCCUGGUGCUGCUCUCCACCCCCGACGACGCUGAAGACACGACUUUCGAGGCCGCGACCGCUCCUGUUGCCGCCGGUGCCGUCGUCUGCCUCUUCGCCAACGGUGGGGUCGGCGUUCACGACCUGAAGAGGAACAAGUGGGACUACCUCAAGGAAGCGGGUCAUGUGGAGACGGUGUUCUCGUGCGCCUUCCGGCCAGACGACUCGUGCACGCUGGCGAGCGGCUCCUUUGACGGCAGCGUGAAGCUGUGGUCGUGCUCAUCGGGGCGCGCGCGCCCCCUUAGCAGCACCCCGGGCCGCGAGUCGAUCGUGUACAGCGUGUCGUGGGCGCCGACCCCAUCGCCGCUGCUGGCCGCCGCUACCGCCAGGGACGGCGUGCUGCUAGUGGACACGCAGGCGGCCAGGGUGGCCCAGCGCCUGACGCACCACGGCCGCGGCAUCAGCGUUUUCUGCGUCGCGUGGUGCGCGGCCGACGCUCGCAGGGUGGCGUCGGCCGGCGGCGACAACUGCUGUGUCAUCGUGCAGCACGCCGGGCAGCUCGAGGUGCAGCGGUGUCAGCAUCCUGGCUCCGUCUUCGGUUGCGACUGGCAGGGCGCCGACCGCAUCGCCACCGCCUGCGAUGAUGGCAUCGUCAGGGUUUUCAGGGUCGCUUGCAAGGACGACCCAGAGCCUCUCGAGCUCAGAGGUCACACGGCUAAGGUCUUCAACGUCAAGUGGUGUCCGGCCCUGAAGAAUGUGCUUUGCAGCGGCUCGGACGACUGCUCCAUCCGAGUGUGGGACACCGAGCAGGGCUCGUGCGUGCGCACCCUGCUGGGCCACAAGGGGAACGUGCGGGGCAUCGCGUGGAACCACGCCUUUCCGCACCUCAUCAUCUCCGGCUCGUGGGACUUCAGCAUCAGGGUGUGGGACGUCCGCACCGCCGAGUGCGUCGCCGUCGAGAAUGAACAUGGAGCUGACGUUUACGGCAUCAGCGUUUGCCCUUCGCGACCGCUGCUGGUAGCGUCCACCUCCAGAGACUCAACUGUCCGGCUGUGGAACUUGGCUCCACUCAUUCCUGUGAUAACCAUGGCGCCAUUGGUGCCGAAAAAUGCCUUAGAUGUUCUGUUCACCGACGAAUUCUGUUUGGACGAAGAUUGGGUGGUGCGAAUCCACGGAGAGAUAGCUGAAAAGAUGGACGAAAUGUUGUCUAGCACCCAGCUGGAUCAGAUGCGUAAAUUUCUGGCCGUUUCCGACUUGCUUCAUGGCGACCCUUGCGUCAGCAACCUGUGGGACCUGGUGAUGGUGCUGCGCGGCACGAAGGAGAUGUCCCAGCUGUCAAAGCAGUACACACGUGGCGUGGUGCACGCCUCGCACGUGGCCACCUGUCGCUUGGCCGACGCAACUCAGGACGAGCUGAAGGCCAAAGGUCAAGGCCAAAAGGCGGAGGCGGAGCUGCGGAAGGCAGCUGACGGCUUCCUGAGGGCCGGAGCCCUAAGACGCUACUGCGAGGUGAUGGUGCGCCUCGGCGAGUGGGACAAGGCCCUCGGAGUCGCGCCCGGCGUCUCUCUCGACUACUGGAAGCAGAUAAAUCAGAAGCGCAUCAACGAACUCUACGCGCGAGAGUCGGAACUGGUUUUGCCCCACGCGUUGGCCCACGGUGACCUUCAGGGGUUGGUCACCUUUUACGCUAACAGAGGGCAGCUAGAGGAGUCACUGGCGCUGGCGUGUCUCUCGGGGCUGAAAGCAGAGGCUGGCAGCGAGGCUGCGGCGGAUCGGCCAGGCGACGACGGCUCCUUUUGCAGCGGCAGCCCGCUAAUGAGCACAACAGCGCGCGCCGUGGCCGAGAGCAUGCUGAGGAAGGGCCAGCCGAUUAAGGCCGCGUGCACGCUGCUCGCCGUCGACGAUGACCACGGCGCCCUUCAAAUGCUGAUGAGAGGCAACGAGCUGGAGCUGCUGGUCACCGUGGGCCGAGCCCUGGGUAAAACAAAUGACUGCCACGUUGACAGGGCACUCGCCCUUCUCGCUAUCAGGGCUCGUCGCCUCAAAGAGUGGAAGUUGGCCAUUGAUUUACUCUCGGAAAUCAAAGAUGUGGAGGUCCGCAAACACGGAACUCUGCGACUUCUAGUCAACUUUCCGGGUUCGAGCACCGUGCGGGAGCAGCUGCUGAAGGAGGCCGGCCUGCCCGACACGGAAAGGUGCGCUCAACUGGCGCACGAGCUCAAGAUUUUCGACGAGGUUGACAGGGUCUACGAAGCAGUGCAACUUCUUAUGGCCGUGGGGGAGUUUGAAGAGGCCGUUGACCUCGGCUGCAGGAUAGUUCCAGAAAUUCUGCAACCGCACCGCAAGUGGAAUCUAGAGAAAGCGCUGAAGAUCAUGGAGCUGGUGCAUGAGACGGGCAUCGUCAGCGACAAAAUCCGGCUGCUGUCCGCCUAUCUGGGCACCCUGAUUGCCAUUCGAAGGGGCUACCACAGCAUCGUGCCCGCCCUGAUCGAGAACGCCGUGAUGGAGUUGCGUAGGAGCGGAGACGGGAGCUGUGGACUGCAGGAGGCGCAGCUGCACGCCCUCACCGGGCUCGACACAGGAAUGCUCGGCAGACUCAAGGAGGCGCCAAGCGCCGACCCUGACCGCGGCAAUGUGCACGUCACCGGCAGCGCCCUGCCGUCCAACUCGGGCACCAAGAGGUGCAUCCUGAUUGGGGCUCCCAUAAGGGGACCGAUUUUGAGACUGGACAACAGUGAAUCCUCGUUGGUGAGCCUGAGCGAUGCUAUUAUGUGGGCCAAAUGUGGCGCAAUGUCACCCCUAGGCACAGUUAUCAACCCCUUCUAAGGGGCGCAAACGAAUCAAAAGCUUCGAAGCUUCGACAAUAAUAAGAAUUAAUAAAAGAACUGUACAUGAA